CACCCCUGAACUAACCCAACAUAAACCAACUCAAACAACCCUCAUGGCAGGAUCCGAGUCAAAAGCCGACUGCAAUGAUGGAGACGACGAUGCAGCAACUUCAGAGCAGGUUUCAAAACUUAUCUGACCAAAUCAUCUCCAAAAUGGACGAGAUGGGAACACGUAUAGAUGACCUGGAGAAGAACGUCGCUGAUCUCAUGACACAAGCAGGAGCUGAGGAGCAUUAUAAAUCAAAUGGCUUUGAAGAGAGACCAAGCUGGCCAAAGCACUGAGCAAAAAUGUUGGAGAAGCUGGGAUCAACAGAAUAUAUAUAUAUUUUUAUAUGCAUGAAUUAUUCACCGGUGCCUUAUUUUCUGUAUGAUUUAGGUUUGUA